AUGUACCCAAAUAACGACAAACAGUGUGUGAAUUGUGAUUUGACUUGUAGUGUGUGUUCUAAAACAACUGGGAUGUGUUCUGUGUGUGCAAGUGGAUUUACAAAACCCGCAUCAGACAACCAAAUUUGUGACAGUUGCUCAACUGCUUUUUUUAAUUGUGUUUCGUGUUCACAAACGCUUAGACAAUGCCAAACAUGUUCAACGGGAUUUUAUCCACUUCAGACAUCACCAUAUACAUGCCAACAGUGUCACUCAAGUUGUGCAAAUGGAUGUAAUUCAUCAACUGGCAAUUGCACAACGUGUGUGAGUGGAUAUGUCCCACAACUCAAUCAAUCAUCUCUAACGUGUGAAUUGUGUUCUUCUUUUGAUAACAACUGCCAAACUUGUGCAACUGAUGGAACACGAAGUUGCACUUUGUGUAAAAGCACAUAUUACAUCUCAGAUAACAAUAAGUGUUCAAAAUGUGAUGCGUCUUGUGAUUACAAAUGUGAUGGGAAUACCGGAUAUUGUACUUCAUGUGCAUCAAAUUUUGUUUAUAUCAAUGCAACUUCGAGAGUGUGCCAAAAGUGCAGUGAUUUUGAUUCAAAUUGUAUGGCAUGUGCAACUAACUUCAGUCGUAGAUGUAUAAUUUGCAACACGGGGUUUUAUCCAAACGACAGUGGAAAGUGUGUUUCAUGUGGGACAAAUUGCACAUCUUGUAAUUCAGCAACCGGCAUUUGCACCUCAUGUUCCCCAGAAAAUGUGUUUGAAGACCCCCCAUCAAGAGUGUGUGUGUUUUGUAAAACGUUUGAUAACAAAUGUGAAACGUGUCAAAAUGGUGGAAAUAGAAGUUGUGUGACGUGUAUAGCGGGGUAUUAUCCGGGUACAUCAGGACAGUGUAUUUCAUGUGAUGCAACUUGCAAAGCAAACACGUGUAAUACAAAUAACGGGUUGUGUACAAAAUGUGUUCAAAACUAUGUUGUGACAUCUCCAACUUCUAAAACAUGCCAAAAAUGUUCAGAUUUUGAUUCAAAAUGCAAAACAUGUGCAACUGAUUUCACACGAAGUUAUGUUGAGUGCAACACCAAUUAUUAUCCAAUCAAUGGAAGAUGUGUUGCUUGUGAUUAG